GGCGUGACUCCUAGGCAUAACAUCCACACCAGCCUCUCCGAAAUCUGUCCAUUGCAGGCUCGGUUCUGAGCUCUUGGCUUUACCCGUCUGUCCAAGAUUCCAUCAGCCUUCCCACCUGACUUUUUAGAGGUUUCCGGUGGACAUCAAGCUUCAAGCCGCUGUGUUCCGCCCCCAACUUUCUCUGCUGGAUGUAGACGCGUGGAUUGAUCGCGCGUCGCAGUGCUCUCCGCGCCCACAAUGGCAUACCAACCAGAGAAGGCGGGCGUGCUCGAGUCAUGCCAGAUCGCCUUCGUUCAGAGCAAAUCAUUAUCAAGCAGUAUGAUCACACAGCUCUCCGAGGUGGUGAGAGAGCAUGGCGCCGAGGUUCUGGAGCCGGACCGCGAUGGCAAGAUUCGAAUCCCACAAGUUACCCACAUUGUGUCCAAUACGAUCGACUUCGAGCAGUUCGCCGACUCGCAAGCUAUGCUAAUCCCGGUUGUCCGGACUGACUGGAUCAAGGCGACCAUUGCCCGCAACAAGCUCGCCCAGGUCCGCCCGUACUCGCCCGACCCCAGACUCAUCUUCUCCGAUGUCGUCCUGACCUGCGCCGACAUCCCUAACACGGACAAGGAGGCGAUUACGGGCGCGAUCUUGGCUCUUGGUGGGAUGCAGUCCAAGGAGCUGACGCGGCUAACCACACACAUUUGCGCCUUGUCUAUGGACCAUCCUAAGUGCAUCGAGGCGAAGAACAAAAAACUGAAAUGCAAGAUCGUUCUUCCUCACUGGUUCGACGACUGCUUUCGGCUGGGAAAGAGGAUCGACGAAGGCCCUCAGCAACUGGAGAGCGCGAUAUCGACCAUGCCGAGCGGGCCGUAUGAGACAGGGCGCGGCGAGAAACUGGUCGUUUUCGCACAAAAGAAGGUCAUGCUCUCUUGGGACAUUCCUAUCAAUCCCAUGUUGCGCAAAACGAUCACGGACAAGAUUACAAGAGGGGAUGGAGAGGUUGUUGAAGAGGUUGAGGCCUGCGAUAUGUUCAUCUGCCAGUACCGCGAGGGCAAUCAGUACGUCCGCGCGGCGCAGCUAGGGAAAGAUGUGGGCAACCUGGCGUGGCUGUACCACUUGAUGGUGUACAACGAGUGGACAUCUCCCUUGAGGAGAUUGCUACACUAUCCGGUGCCGCGGAACGGGAUCCCUGGGUUCCAGGAUAUGCGGAUCACGCUUUCGAACUAUGGAGGUGAAGCACGGAUUUAUCUGGAGAAUCUCAUCACGGCGGCGGGUGCCACAUACACCAAGACGAUGAAAGCCGAAAACACCCAUCUCAUCACGGCUCGCAUGCAUAGUGAGAAGUGCGAGGCGGCGAAGGAAUGGAAUAUUGAGAUUGUUAACCAUCUAUGGAUCGAAGAGAGUUACGCAGCCUGCCAGGUCCUGCCUCUCAACAACCCGAGAUACAGGCACUUCCCGCCGCGGACGAAUCUCGGAGAGGUCAUUGGCCAGACGUUCUUGGACGAGCCCAAGCUGAGGGAGAUGUUCUAUCCUGGUGGAGAGGAGUUGAUGGAUGAGGCAGCCAAGAGAAAGAAGGUGAUCAACGAACGCGCCCAGAAAAACGCCCUUGACGUGGGGCUGGAUCGGGAUUUCAGUGUCAUGGAGGACUCCAGUCCUGUACCUGCAAAGUCGGCAAGGAAACCGCGAGCCGCCCCGGCGAUGGGGAACUUCAGCACACCGGCAAAGAGCCGCCAUGUCCGCUCGGGGAAGGAGAACGAUACCCCGUCCGUCAUAUCCAGUGCCAGCCGGAGCGCCAAGGCACAAGCGCUUUCGAAGCUCCAGGACCUGGCACCGGAUAUCGCUCUGUACGAGAAGGAGAAGAAGCGAACCGCGAAAGACGGGAUUUGGGGCGGAAAGCGUGCGGCGGACCAGCUCGACAAAGAGCGCGCGGAGAGGAGUUCGAGCCCGGCGAGCAGGGCAGCUGAUGAUGCUGACGAUCAGGAAAACAAGCGGCCGGCCAAGAGGGCAAAGGCGUCCCUACCGGAGAUCGACAUGCGCAUCUGCUUGACGGGAUACAAGAGAUGGGUCGGGAAUAGGGCUUCAGAGGAAGCUGACCGGAAAAAACUCCGCUCGUUGGGCAUCCAGAUCGUGCCGGAGAAUGCGCCGUGCAACUACCUUGCCGCUCCAGGGAUGGUCCGAACCAUGAAAUUUCUCAGGUGUCUGGCGAAAGGGCCCGAUGUGAUCGACUCUUCCUUCAUCACCGCUUGCAUCGAGACAGGCAAGCGGCCCAACAUUGAAGAUCAUCGGCUCGUCGACAAGGCGAACGAGAAGAAGUUCGGCGUGACGAUGGAGACGGCGGUCAGCCGAGCGCGAGCCAACCGCGGCCGGCUACUAUGGGGCGUGCCCAUAUACUGUACCGCGGACAUACCCAAUGGCGUUGACGCCUACAAAGCUAUUGCCGAGGCGAACGGGGCCAUUUUCAAGGUCUACCGCGCCCGGAGCGGGACCACCAUUAAGCCGACGACCGAGGAGGAGGAUAACGGUGCCGAUCCAGAUCCGGUAUACCUACUAACCGGGCUAACGCCGGCCGAGAGGCAGCUGUGGCCCAAGUUCGAGGAGAUGGCGCGCAAGGGGCACAUGGAGCCGAGGAUUGUGAUGUCAGAUUGGCUGUUGGAUGUUGCCAUGCGGCAGGAGCUGAAGUUUGACCCCAAGUAUUUAGUGAGCAAUCGCGUGUGA